AUGCCUAAUAGAUGUGUAGCUGGUGGUUGUUCUAAUGUUCCUGACCCUUCACAAAAUAUCGGUCUUCAUAAAUUUCCCGAAGAGAACGAUUUAGAGAAGAAAAGACGACGACUUUGGGUUGCAUUUGUGCGGACAAAACGUGCAAAAUGGUCGCCAACAGCAAACUCCCGGCUUUGUUCACAGCACUUUCAAACCGAAGAUUUUGAAAGCCCAUUUGUGAUUAUACCUGGAACGGAUUUCGUUAGUCGAUCAGUAUUACGACUAAGACUCCUGAACCCAGCAAUUACGACAAACAUGGCCAAAGCCAAGAGAGUGUCGAUCCGACUCAUCCAAGUUCAACGAGAAAACAUCGCCGUGUAAGUACAAUAUUCGUCAUUCACUCCGCUUUAUUCAUUCGCGCAUUCUGUAUAGUCAACUCAGUAAACUCACAAACAUGCCCUUCUCGUUUGGAUAGGCUGUAAGAGAAGUACUAAAAGAAAAUGUUGCCAAAACCAGUGAGGCCGAAGCUAGUACCUCAACAACAUCCACUACUGACGAGCCUGGCUUGGUUGAUGAUCAAACGGCGACAUCUGACAGCCUUUAUCCCGUCCAACAACCUUUAUCUGUAAGUUGAACGAUUCAAAUUUGCAAAUUUACCAUUAGAAAUAUGUUUGCUGAAAAUAUAUCACAAAUUUUUCAAUUAUUAUUUUCUAGACUGAAGAGGCUUCCUGCCAAACACCAGAGUGUUUAGGUUGUAAGAAAUUGAAAAGCCAAAACCGCCAACUCGGCAAUAAGAUUAUUGAUCUUAAACUAAAAAUCCAAGACAAGGAGGCUGCAAUACAAAAACAAAAAGGUGAGAAUACCUCAACAUCAAAAGCACAACAAUUUUCAUGGGUAGAAGCACAACAAUUAUCAUUGAACUAGACACAAAUAGUUCUAGGGGUGAGGUUUUUCAGGGUUGCAUUAUUCUAUCACUACAAAGUGCUGUGUGCAGUCUUUCAAAGUGUAAUGUUACAUUAGUGCUCUAUACUAUAGUUAGCAUCUUCUACUACAGAGAGCAUAGAUGAGAGUAUGGCCAAAGUAGCUGCUAUGGAGGAGAAAUUAGAAGACGAAACCUUUGUAAGCAGUGAUGAAGAAAUGGACAUUGAAGAAGAGCCUGACUAUUCAGAAGUUUCUUCACCUGAACCUAGCUUGGCUUCUGGUACUGAAUCUGCUCCAGAAGCAGAUUUGUCAGAAUCAGACUUGUCUUCAGAUGAUGAAAAACCACAAGUUAUAAAGUAAGUUUAACCAGUUAAAUGGCAGCGCUCCUCCCUAGCUUAAAAUAAAGCAAGGCACAUCAGUGUACAUACAUCAAGGCUUUCCAUCAGGACAUUAAAGUUUUUAAAAUUUUCUAUGGGCAGUUCCUGCAGUAAAUUGUGCACAUACUGUAAUAAAAUGUUAACAUAUUAAUAAAAUGUCAAGUACUGUAGCUAGAAGGAGUAUCUGUUAUGGCAACGGUUUUCAACUUGGAGGACAUGUCCCCGAGAGGGGACAUUUGGCAAAUUCCUAGGGGACACAAACUGGUCUAGGACUGAGAAAAAAAAUUCCAUUAUUUCCUGGUAUUCGAGUAGUUAAAAUAGUUUGUACUAUAAACAUGUUUGCUUGACUUUCUAUCUAUUAUUUAAAAUUUAAAUCAUUUACUAUUUUACUAACUAUUUCGAAAUUCAUGUUUUUGAUAGACUUCAGUGGGCAAUUUCUGUUCAGGGGACGUGGUAAUUCAAUCAUGUGAAAUCGGGGACACAUGAGAAAACCAGUUGAAAACCGUUGUGUUAUGGGAAUGUAAAAUCUAUCCCAUGAAGAUCACAAACUUAAUCAUCUCCUCCCGCCAAGGAAAAGUCAAGUAGCUAGAAGGAACACAAGAUCAAUAAUGAUUAUUCUCACAAUUUUUAUAGUAAAACUAGCAAAUUUAAGAACAGCCCAAUUUUAUAUGCUGUAAAUAUUUUUAAUAAUAGUCAGCAGUGGGAAAUCUAAACAUUUUUAAUUACCUACUAGUAUUAGCCUUGGUUACUGUAUAUUGUGUGUAAUUUAUUCGCAGUAUAGUAAUUAUAGUAUAAUUUACAACUGUUGAGCAUGUUCUAGUCUUGAAUUAUGUUUAUUAAUAGAUAUAUUUUGUUGUUCUCAUUGUUAUAAGACUCCAGAUAAUAGUUCUUGUCUCAACUACUGCUCCUAUUCAACGUAUGUCCAGCUUGUAAAUCAGAGAAGCCCUUUAUUGAAACGAGUGUUCUUGGUACUAUGGUUAAGAUAACAACAAAGUGCUUUAACCCUGACUGUUCAUCUCCUGAGAAUACCGGGAAAAGUCAGCCAAUCAUGACAGGAACAAAAAUGCCAGCAAAGAACUUCCUGCUCUGUUUUUCAGUCCUGGUGUCUGGUGCUUCACCAUCCAAAAUAUUUCUAGUUUUCAAGAAUGUUGGAUUAUCUUGCAUUUCCUUGAAGACUUACUUCAAACAUCAGGCUGUGAGUAUAUGGCUAUAUGCAGAUGGGGGACUACUUCAUGUAUGCCAAUUUUUAGGUCCUGACACAGGGUCAGGGUGUGCAUACAUGAACUACAUGCUUUAGUUACACAUAUAAUGUAACUGCAUGACACAUUAUUUUUAACUAUUUCUUUAGAACAAACUCUUUCCCACUGUGCAUUUGUACUGGAAGAAAUACCAAGAGAAAAUGAUGGCCAAGCUGAAAGCAACAGAACAGUCUCUAGUCAUUGCUGGUGAUGGCAGGCAUGACAGCAUGGGUCACAGUGCCAAAUACUGUGCCUACACUUUGUUCUGUUGCACAGUUCCCCUCACCAUUGAUUUUUCCUUGGUUCAGGUAGGUAUAGACACCCACAUUUUAUGUACUUACUGUAGCUUUUCCAAGUGGAAAAUUUAUCAUUAUAUGUUUAGUUACAGCAACAGUUCGAUAACUGUAAAGUAAAUGGCAAAAGCGAAUGUUGCAGAGAUAAAAACAUGGCUGACUCUUUUUUUUGACAAAUGUGAAACCGAAUACCCAAAUGAAGGAAAAAACCUCACAACACUGCCAGUAUCUGCCAAUGGCACAAUGUACCCCGGCCACUUUAUUCUUUUACUGGCGAUGAUUUUACUUGACAUGGGGUCAGAGCCUUACUAAUUUACAAGCUAAAAAGCAUAUUAUCCUCUUUACUAAUCUAUAUCCUCAUUUUAUAUAAUAGAGAAAUAUAGCAGGUAACAGUCCGGCAAUGGAGCUGCUGGGGUUCAAAAACUGCAUGGACAGCCUUCUGGUUUGGGGAAUUCUUUUUGAGACAUUCAUCACUGAUCGUCACACUGGUAUCGCCAAACAUAUGCAGGAAAAUCUUGCCCAUAUAAAGCACUAUUUUGACCUGUGGCAUCUCAAGAAGAGUAAGUAUUUGUAAUGCCAUUGUCAUUCUGACUCCUUCAAGAAGCCUGACAGUUGAAUACCCCACCCUCUAGUAAACUAGUUGGAAGGAAAAUAGGAUUUGGGGAAACUGUGUUUAAAAUUAAUUUCAAGUUACAUAAUGUUUUGUUUAGAAAUACACAAAGUUCUUACCAAGGUUAGUAAAGAAAAAGACUGUGAAGACCUAACAAUAUGGAUAAAGCCAUGUGAAAACCAUCUGAUAUGGAGUGCAACAUCUACCCCGUCUGGUGAUGGUGAAUUGAUUUGGGCUAAGUUUGAAUCUUUCUUGUCCCAUCUUGUCAACAAGCACUCAGAUCUUCCAAAUGGCAUCUUUAACAAGUGUGCUCAUGGAGAGGAAAUAUCAGACAGGAAAUGGCUUGAAGAAGGUAUGCAUUUAGUGUAAUCCAAUCCAAUGUACCUUGGCCUAACUUAUUUUACUCUGUCUCAUACCAUGCUGUUUUGAUGCUAACUUAAUUAAAUAAUGCUAAACUUUGUAUUUUGGAAUUAAAAAAUAUUCAGUGAGUUACAUCAUACUUGUACUAAAUUUUGCAGAAACUACAGUUUAUGAGAAAGUAUGCAAAGUACUGAAGAAGACAUCAUUGGUCAAGGGCAUCAAAAAGGCAUCACCAGUUGCCCAAACAAGUUGUCUGGAGGGUUUUCAUUCUGUGGUUAACCAGUUUGCCCCCAAAAUGAUAGCCUACUCAAAUCAAGGACUGUACUGCAGGUAAAUGACAGUAAUUAUAACUGUUACAAUUUACCAAACAUUCCACUUCACUAAUACCAUUUGAAAGUGUAGCCUAGCCUACAAUGCUGACAAUUUUUAGAGCACAAGUGAUAUGUAGCACAGGACAAAACCAUACCCCCUGACCCCUCCUACUUAUAUUUCUGAGUCUCAACAGUUAAAAUUAUAGCAUUAUCUUAUUUUCCAGGCAUAUCAUCGCAGCUGUACAUUUUAACCACAACCUCCACCGCAAAAACCAAGAAAACAAAGAUGGUAGUGAGCAGGUUAAAGUGGUCUACCCAAAGUUCAAAAAUGGGGAAGCUACAGUGCGCAAUGUUAAAGUGAAACCAAAUUAUGGUAUGCAAACAAUCCAAUUUAGAAACCACCAAGUGGUGGCUCCUAAAUAAUAAAGUAAUAAAUUAAUAAAUAAUAGUAGUAAAUAAUAAAUAGUAAUAAAUAAUAAAUUAAUAAAUAAUAAAAGUAAUAAAUUACUUUAAUAAAUUAAUUAAUAAAUUGCAGUAAUAAAUUUACGUGGUGUUUCCACAAACAAAACCAUUAUAUUUUAUCGCCAUGCAAACAUACAAAGAACUUAUGGUUCCUAAAUGUUAAAGUUGUUUUUUUUGUUCCCUAGACUAUGUUGAACAAAUUUUCAACAUGUUUAUUGAUGCCAAACAAAACAAGAAGCUAGAAGCAGCAAGAUUGGAACUGCAGGCAAUGACACGAGCCCCAAUGAAUACAAUGUUGGAAAAACAGCCAAGGGACAAGGCAACAGAAUUGUGGAAAAAGAGGAAAUCCAUGGUUGUACAAGAAGUUCCUAGGACUGUGCAAUUUAUAUUCUAUAACCAAAGACAAGUUGUAAAAUACAUUUAA